ACAAGCAGGAGGGGCGAGCUGGGCUCAAGCAGUUCUUCAAGAGUUCACCUUGUGAACCUGCAUUUGCAGAGGGACAAGGAGCCAAGAGGCAGGACCAUGUGGCUGUCCCCAGCUCUGCUCCUUCUCAGCCUCACAAGCUGUUUCUCCAUCCAUGGCCCAGAGUCUGUGAGAGGUCCAGAGCAGGGAUCAGUGACCGUGCACUGUCACUAUAAGCCAAGAUGGAAGACCAACAGUAAAUGGUGGUGUCGAGGAGCGUACUGGAAGACAUGCAGGAUCCUCAUUCAAACUAGUGGAUCAGAGCAAGAAGAGAAGAGUGGCCGCGUGUCCAUCAGGGACAAUCAGAGAGACCAUUCAUUCAAGGUGACCAUGGAGAGGCUCAGGCAAGAUGACACAGACACUUACUGGUGUGGAAUUGAGAAAAUUGGAACUGACCUUGGGAUACGCAUUAAAGUGACCGUCGACCCAGUGGGAACAGAUACCACGUCUUACAAACCACAUGCCAGGACAAACGUAGACAGCAACAUGGAGGUAUCCUUUGGCUCCUACAAGAGGACUCACUACAUUCUCCUGGUGUUUGUGAAGGUGCCUAUUUUGCUCAUCUUGGCUGGUGCUGUCCUCUGGUUGAAGGGCAUCUCAGAAGGUCCCCAAGGAGCGACAGAAAUAGCCAGCUGUAGGAAUUUGAACCCUGAAUUUCUGACCAAAGACAUAGCUCCUUAGACAGAUGGAUGGGCAGAGACUUUCCACCCUGGACCAUGUUUCCAGAAGAGAUCCAAGCUAUGGAAGAAACACCCCUGAGUCCUCAGGGUCCAGUGACCGAGGCUAGGGCCUCUGUGGCUGGUGGGCACACUCCCAACAAAACAGCUCGGGGACGCAGCUCAGGUCCCUCCCAAAGCAGCAUCAGCCUGCAGUGCAAACCCCUUGCUCCGAGUCUUCAGGUAGUGGAUACCUUAUCCCAUCCAGUCCCACCCCACUGGGGUGGACUCAGGGUCAGGGCCCCUGGGAUGGAGCCCAGUUUUCAGGUGGCUAGGUAUCCCUGCUAGGACAGAUGCACAGAGAAAGAGGCAGAGGGGAUCUGCUCCACACCCUCCUCUCUUGAGCUCCUGAGACACAAGUUUUUAAAAUCAUUUUCAUUUGGGUUUUGAUGGCUUGUGGCCUGAAUCCUUGACCAAGGAUUAUCUGCCCUGGGGGGCAGUGGUGGAUCUUGGGUGAGUUCCUGGUUCUGGGGUGUUCCCUCUACCAGGAGGACAUGGCUCUGAAUGUGACUUGCUGAAGAGGUCCCAGGGCCCAGCCCAGAACUUGGUUUCCUCUUUCUCCACCCUGGCCCCCACCAGCUCCCUGCCUGCCUCCACCUCCCAGGCACUGGGACUUCCUGGGGCUACAGUGUGGAGUGGGGCCUGGGCUUCUCCCCAAGACCCUGCUGAGCCUGAAGGGCCACUUCAAAAUGGUGUUGGAAGUGGGGACAGCAAUGACAACUAUCUCAGGGAAAUGAUGUCUUCUCUUUUAAAUGAUAUUUUAAAAUAAACUCAACAAUUUAAAAUGCUGAGGGAAAUGCUUGUGUCUCAAAUGUCUCACCACAGCAACAAUGCCUAAGCCUGUCCUUAACCCUAACCCUAACCAAACCCUAAC